CGCGGAGAUUGGCCCAAAAUGACGUUGGUUUCCGGUUCGAUUUGAAUAAGGGGCAGAGCCGGUCUUUAUUGCCAUGGAGACUUUAGCUGUGAGGCAGAAGAAGAGAAAACAGCCAGCGCAGACAAUCCCGGGAUCUUUGUGCAGGAUAUCUGAUCCCUUUAAUAUUCAUCUGUAGCAAUCCCAGCCAUACCCACUGAGAACAAUGGCCAAUAAGAAGAAAGUAGUGGUGACAGGGUUUGAGCCAUUUGGAGAUCAUGCAGUAAACUCCAGCUGGGUGGCAGUCCAGGAGCUGGAGCGAUUAGGACUGGGCGAGGCUGUAGAUCUGUACGUGUGUGAGGUGCCGGUUGAAUACCAGGCCGUGCAGUGCCUCCUGCCAUCUCUGUGGAAAGAACAGCAGCCGCAGCUGGUGGUCCAUGUGGGGGUUUCCGGGCUCGCCACGACAGUCACUCUGGAGCAGUGCGGCCACAACAAGGGCUACAAGCGCCUGGACAACUGCAGCUUCUGCCCAGCCUCUCAGUGCUGCAUGGAGAACGGUCCAGACUGCAUCAAGUCCGUCCUGGACAUGGAGACCAUCUGUGGGAGGGUGAAUGAGUCCAACAUGGGGAUCACUGUGUCUGUGUCCAAGGAUGCCGGAAGGUACCUGUGUGACUACACCUACUACACCUCUCUGUACCUGGGCCGCGGCCGCUCCGCCUUCGUGCAUGUGCCCCCGCUGGGGAAACCCUACAGCAGCCAGGAGCUGGGAAGAGGCCUGCAGGCCGUCAUACAGGAGAUGCUGACCCUGCUGGAGGGGGAAAACACCGAGGGGGGGGACACACACAACAGGCUCUGCUACCACAAACAUUAACACCAGCACGGCCGCCGAUCGCCACUCGCAGCUCAACAACACGGCCCAGAGCUUCAGAGCCAGGCUAGAUUAACAUGGAACAACGAGAAGCCAAAAAAGUUGGGUUAUUGUCUAGAAGACUCUCUAAUGUUUCAACUUAAAAAAACAAAACAAAACAAAAAAAAAACUCCUUUUUUUUUUUAUUCACACAAACAAACAUUUCCACUCCUUUAUAAACCACUGGCCAAACUUUUAUUUUUUUUUUAAAUCAUAUUGAAAUUUAAUUGACCACAAUUUAGUCAUUUUAUUUUUAAGUUUAAAUGUUUUAAUGAUUUGCUUGAUUCAUCCCUUUUUUUUUUUUUUUUUAAGAGUCCCAACUUUAUUGGAAACGAGGGAUUCAUGUAGGUCAUGUUCCAGGUCCCGAUGAUCCAGUAGAAAAUAGCUAAAAUAUCUAUUUAAUGUUAAGUUAAUGUUUGUGUGCGUGUGUGCGUGUGUGCGCGUGUGCGUGUGUAUGUGUGUGUGAGAGAAACUGGGAUUGAUGAACAUGUGAUGUAUCUGCCUUUGAUCUUCCAUGACACUGUGAGAAUCCAAACACUGAGACUUCUACGGCCCCAUUAAUGUUAGUGAGUCAUUUAUUGCUCUGAUGUUCUCAGCAAACCUUCACAUGGAGUUUUGGAGUUCUGCACUCUUUCGUUGCCACCGUCAGCCUGUUUCAGGAUAUUUCUCUUCUCUCUCCGCACAUCUUCAGAAACAUGCUGUCGUUCCUUUGUGUUGCUUGGAUUUGCACCAGAAAACUACGACGACGAGAACAUGGUGAAAAUGUCAAGAUUUGUUCUUCUCAGGGAAAAUGUUGCGCAUGCAAUCACCGUUAACAAAUGUGAAUUUGUAAGUUCUGUGUAUGUGAAACGAGGCUUUGCCAGGCAGAGCCAGUGUAUCUGUAUUAA